GUGAGACAGGUCCCACAAAUGCACAAGGCUCGGAACUUAUCACAACACAAUCUGAUACCAUCAAAAUCUGAAGAUCAAAUCUUUAAAAUUUCUCCAAUCAUAAAUCUCCAAUAAAAUCUCCAAAUACAAGAUCAUGAUUUAUUUCUAAAUCUAUGCUCAAUCUCGAAAUGGCUAGCCUUCUAACUUGUCACUCCCCUUGAUUUUCCCGUCCUCGCUUUCACUUCCUGAAAUGGUGGACAAGGAAAACUAUGAGAUAAACUCAGUAAGUAAAUAUAGAUAGCCCUUGGGUAAAACUUUGAAGCAUGCCAGAUAAACCAUGUAAGCGUAACAGACUUUUAAUGAUAAACCAUUAAUGCGGAAAUCGAAUUCAAUUCAAUAACAAAACGUUUCAUGACAAACCGUUACAUGCAGAAGAAAACUCAGUUUAGUAGUCUCAUCUAUAAGUCAUGGCCAGUGUUUACAAACUCCCACUGGCAGGCGUCAAUAAUGGUACCAGUGUUUACAAACUCCCACUGGUAGGCGUCAGUAAUAGUGCCAGUGUUUACAACUCCCACUGGCAGGCGUCAGUAAUAGUGCCAGUGUUUACAACUCCCACUGGCAGGCGUCAGUAAUAGUGCCAGUGUUUACACACUCCCACUGGCAGGCGUCAGUAAUAGUGCCAGUGUUUUAUCCCAUUGGCAGGACGAACCGGUUCUACAGAAAUACAUGUCGACAUGUGCUAGCGUUUACAGCUCCCACUAGCGGGCGUCAGUAAUCAUGACUAUAUCCGAGACAAAACCAUGCAGGAUUUCCAAAAAUCCAUAAUUCUCAAUCCAUCUCAAAUCUCAGAAACAAACCAGAAAAUUUCCAUGUGACCAUGGAUUUAACAGAAAACUCAAAAUUUGCAAACUCUCAGUUCAUCAAAACAAUUCAGUCAAUUCCAAAUAGGCAUGCUAAACUCCAGAA